AUGACAACUAAUUCGACACCUCUAGUUACUGUAGGUUACAUGAUAAAUGAAACAACGCAGGUAUCAAAAACGUCACAUUAUUUAUUUAUUAUUCAUUAUUUAAGUAUUUAUGCUCUUGUACUUAUUAUAAUUGGUACAGUGGGAAAUCUUUUAACAAUAAUUGUAUUAUUAAGACGUCAUCUUCGACGUUUUGUAACUGUACGUUGGUUAAUUGCAGUUAGUAUAUGUGAUAUAAUAUCAUUAUAUGGUUGGAAUUUAAAUAAUUUCUAUAAAUUUAAUGUUAGUUCACGAAAUAGUAAUAUUGAAGAUAUAUCACUUUUUCAUUGUCGAUUUAUAUCCUAUAUGACAUUUGUUGCUUUACAAUUAUCUAGUUGGUGUCUUACAGCUGUCAGUCUAGAUCGUGCUCUUAAUCUUUAUUGGCCUCAAUGGAAACGAUUAUAUGGUCGAAUAAGAUAUACAAAAUAUUAUAUUAUGUUUUUAACAACAAUUUGUCUUGCAUUAAAUAGUCAUAUAUUAUUUUUAAAUGGUUAUCGUACAUCAACUGGUAUUAUCACAUGUUAUUCAACUCGUUCAAAUCCAGAUUAUAUUUAUCCACAAUGGGAACGUGUUCAUUUAGUUCUUUAUAAUCUAUGUCCAUUUGCUAUUAUGUUAAUAUGUAAUACCUAUAUUAUAUUUGUUACAGUAAGAUCAAGUCGAACACAACAAACUGAAUUAACACCAGCAAAACUUCAACGAAAAAGUCUUGAAAGAUAUCGACAAUUUACUGCCUUACUUAUUAUUGUAACAUUUGCAUUCGUUCUAUUAACUUUACCAGCAUGUAUAUAUUUUGUAUUUUUUCGUAAUUAUUUCGUAACCAAAGCACAUCGUACUUAUCGUUUUAUGGUUCAAAUAUUUUUAAAUUCAAUUCAAUUUACAUCACAUGGAAUCAAUUUUUUUCUCUAUUGUUUUUCGGCGAAAAGUUUUCGUCAUGAAUUACAUGGAAUGUUUCGUGAAUUAUUAACUAGUUGUCAAUGUAAAUGUCGUUUAUCAUUGAAAGAUAAUAGACAACAUGAUCAUAUACGACAAUAUAUUAAUAAUAAUAAUAAUAAUAUUGAACCAAUUAUACAACAUCAACAAUUACUCUAUAAUCGAGAUAUGCAAAUGAAUCGUUAUAAAUUUAAUUUUUUUCCAGAAUUUAAAUCAACCAGUGACAAAAAUCCGAACUGGGUCUAA